GGUGUCAGUCAGGGGGAGGGGUGCUCCGAUCAUUUGUGUAUGCCUGCAUGUCAGUUGAAGGCUCAGAGUGCGCGUUUUGCUCGUGGCUGACAGUAGCAGCAGCUGACUUCCGCAGCCUCGGCGUUGGAUUUCCACAUGUACGUGAGCGCAGGAGGCGCACAGGACGCGCGUCUCCGGGCAGGACACAUCCACGCGCCGCUGUCCCGUCUGCGCUCGGAGUUGGAGUAAGCGCACCCCCUGGGGGGGGUAAGGACUUGACAUAAACUUUUACUGAAGACUUGGCAGCUUUAAAGACAACCAGGUGGUUUCAUUUGUGUCUGUGGAAAACUUUGGAAACAUGUUUCACAAAUUUUGCGCGGUGCUUCUGAGCGCGCUCUGUCUGGUGCGGGCGCUCUCGGCUCACGAGUGCACGCCCUGUAACCUCCGGACCUGUCCCGUUCUACCGCCGCACGGCUGCGAAGGUGGCCGGAGCGUGGCCAGGGAUCCAUGCGGAUGCUGUGAUCAGUGCGCGCGGCUGGAGUGGGAGCCGUGCGGCGGUCCGGACUGGACGCUGGGCUACUGCGCUCUGGGGCUGACCUGCGCCUCUGUCAACGGCACGCGCGCCGCCACCAUACCUGACACUGGAGUUUGUAAAGUUCUCCCGCAGCAUCCAGAUGCAGGCCUCGAGGAUGAGCGUUGCCCUCUAGUAACGGGCUGCGACAAAGCUGGAGAUCAGUGCCUGUGCGAUGCCCGCCACUCCUGCUUGGGCUCCUUCACAUACCCGGACCAGGAAGCUUGCAUGAAGUCCAUCAAGUCAGAUGCUCGGCGGCACGAGCACCGGGAGAGGCACAGAGAAAAGUACGUGGGACCUCCCAACCCGGCGUGCAUGUUCUCGGGGUGUAACCUGACCGCCGAGGGCUGCGUGUGCGAGUCUCAGAGCUGCCACCACCACUUUGCCUACAUCAACCGAAGCCAGUGCCAGGAAGCAGCAGACCAGCUGAGGUGUGCUGGGGUUAAAUGCCCCACUUUGCCAGUGCCUUCCUGCCCCGAAGACUCAGUCCUGACCAAGAGCUACACGCCCCCUGCUGGCUGCUGCCCCUCCAUAACCCCCCAGUGUACGUGUGACUUCCGGGCCUGCCAGAAGCCCCAGUGCCCGAGCGGAGAGCACCGAGUCCUGCUCAGUCAAGCCAGCGGUCAGCCGGGAAACUGCUGCGAUGUCUUUGAGUGUCGUAAAGUCUCUCCCAAAUGUGUUCACAAUGGGAAGGAGCUCUCCGAUGGAGAGGUGUACCGCGUGGACUCCUGUUGGCUGUGCCAGUGCCGAGGAGGAAUCUCCUUCUGCUCCAAGGCGGAGUGCGCCGAGCUGGACUGCGAAAACUUCUACGUUCCUGAGGGCGAGUGCUGCCCCGUCUGCAUAGAUGUGGAGUUGUUGUCCGUGGACAGCACCAAGGCCAGCUGCUGGGUGAACAACAAGCUGCGAGCGCACGAGGAGCAGUGGAAAGAGGACGACUGCACCUUCUGCCAGUGUGUGGAUGGAGACCCACAGUGCACCGCCAUGGCCUGCAAACAGAGCUGCCAAAAUCCUGUGAAGAUCCAAGGAGAGUGCUGCCCGUUCUGCGAAGAGCCAACCUAUGAAACCGUCAGCCCGAUUCUCUGCCCUCCGUUGCAAAACUGCUCCCUGUCCGUGAACGACUGUCCCUUCGGCUUCUAUCAGGAUGUAAACGGAUGUCUCCUCUGCCAGUGUCUCAACAAUGACUCCUGUCCAGACCUGGAAAAGCACUGCUCUCUCCGGUGUCCGCUGGGAUUUGAGAAGGAUGAUUUUGGCUGUGAGGUGUGCGAAUGUGUCACCCCCAUGCCCAAGUGCCGACCUCUGACCUGCACAAAGACCUGCCCGUACGGAUAUGUGAGGAACAAACACGGCUGUGAGAUGUGUCGCUGUGUCAAGUGUCCGCCGUUCACCUGUGACAAGCACUGCAGCGACGGCUACCGGCAGAACAGGAAGGGAUGCUCCGUGUGCAUGUGCAAAGAAAGCCUCCCCAGCCCCGCUCUCCCAGCUCCAACGCCCAGCUAUUGUCUCACCUCCAACGGUCACCGCUAUGAAGAAGGCGACAGCUGGCACGAUGGCUGCCGCGACUGUUUUUGCCACUCUGGGAGAGAGAUGUGCGUGCUCAUUUCCUGCCCCAUGCCCAGCUGCUCGCAUCCUGUUGUCAAGGCGGACCAGUGCUGUCCUUCCUGUGAAGAUGAGUCAGGCAGCGGUCAGCCAGAGGGGAUGGACGUCAUGGUCUGCAGAGCACCUGGAGGCGAGUUUUAUGUGGAGGGCGAGACCUGGAACCUGGACGAGUGCACUCGCUGCACCUGCAGGAAGGGCCGUGUCCUGUGCGACACCGAGGUGUGUCCUCCGGCUCUCUGCCAGACGCCCAUAAGAAACAAGGAUACCUGCUGCCACGUUUGCCCAGAGGAGACUCUGGGGCCUUUACUGCCAGUGAACAGAAGUGAGCAGCAGUACUGCCUGACUGUCGAAGGAGAGGUGCUGCUUGCUGGUGACUCCUGGAGGGCGAACGCCUGCACCAGCUGUACUUGCAACAACGGGACCAUUCAGUGUUUCUCCCAGCGCUGUCCAGCCGCCAACUGCAGGGUACCAGUUCUACGCAAGGGCCAAUGCUGCCCGCACUGUCUCGAGGUGACCACAUCAGUGCCAGUAAAAGUGACCGCCAAUACCGCCACCACGACACUGGAGAUUGUAUUUGAGAUGACCACAGUCACUGUACCGCCCAUCACUGCUGACACAGAUGGGCUGGAGUUUGGUGAUAAUUACCCCAGCCAAGCCGAGAUGGCCCUGGUCUACCAAUCAGCAGCCUGGAUUCUGGCGGGCCUCCUCUUGGCCAUCAUCAUCUUCCUCUUAGUUGCGUUUCUCAUCAACAAGAAGAAGAAAUGGGUGCAGAUGUCCUGCUAUAGCGCACCAAAGAAGACGGUGAUCCUGAAAAAGCACAUAAACAAGAACUCCGUGGUCUACAUGGAGCCUUCCAAGGAGAACAAGUUCCAGAACGUGAAGAACGACUGCGGCGUCAUCCACUUCUCUCCGGACAUGAGUUCCCCCUGCAAAGACAGGAUGACCAUCCCCAGGGCCAAACUAGCCAACGACUGGACGUCACGCUAACCAGCUAUUAUCGAGGAGAAACUCUGCAGAUGGGAGCGCUCCUCCCUGCCCCCACGUGGCUCUUAUGUUCACACACAUGAGGAGGCCUUAUUUUUUCAGUAAAAAAACAAACAAAUGACCACUUUUUCUUUCAUUAUUCACCCAUAAUCCUUUGUGUUUUUUUGGACUCGUGGGUGGAGUGACAGACCUAGAGGUGGACGGACAAGUGGACAUGAAAAGGACAAAGUUCUCCCGGUUAAAUCAAACUUUUUUGACUGUGAAGAAUAUUUUGUUUCUCUGCUGCUUCUGAAAAACUGGACCUUUGGGGCAUUGAAAGCAGCACCAAAAGCUUUAGGGGGAGAGGAUACGGCUGACCAUCCUAACCCAUGUGGAGCCCAGAGAGCAGGCUUCAUCCCAGCACCCUUCAUGUAGAAUGUGUGGUUUCCAACUUUUGUAUAUUUUGACAGUAUUUGUUCUAGAGGUGUUGUGUCUAGUUUAAGGCCAAGAUUGAAAGAUUUUGAUAACAAUUCUUAAAAUAAAUUUUUGCACAUGAAGUAAAUGUAUUCAGUGAAAGCUCAGACGACCAACUGCAACUUUUUUGUUCUACUUUUGUGAUUUUGGGUCUUUCAAAUCGUCAUUUAAUGAUCAGCAGAGGAUUGGAGAGUUGGUACCAUCUGAUAUGUCUCAUUCGAAGGAGAAUGUCUUUGAUAUCACGCCUGAUUUCAUUCCUAGAAGUGUGUGGAGUUGUUGUUAGUACAUGUUGAUGUAGGUGGGUACAUUUUACAAAUUAAGGAAAAAUAA